CGCCUGCCUGAGCCGGCUUCUCGCCAUCUCCCGCCGGGCUCGGGAGAAGGUAGGAUCAUGGACGGGCUCCGGGCUAGCGCUGGGCUGCUGAGGCGCGGGCGGUUGAGGCGCCGGCGCCAGCCACAGCCACAUAGCGGGUCGGUCCUGGCCCUGCCCCUAAGGCCCAGGAAGAUCCGAAGGCAGCUGAGGAGAAGUGUCGCGUCCCGGAUGGCCGCGCUGAGGGCCCAGGCGCUGCCGAGCGAGGACUCGGAGGACUCGAGGGUGGAGUCGAUGGUCGACGAUCGCAGGGACCCGCUGGCUGGAGGGGCGGCGGCCCUCUCGGAUGUGACCCGGCGGGAGCCGUACGGCCACCUCGGGCCCGCGGAGCUGUUAGAGGCCUCGCCCGCGUCCCGCUCCCUGCAGACUCCCCGCGCCCUGGUGGAGGCGCAGACCCCGCCGACGCGCUUGGUGGAGGCGCAGACCCCGCCGGCGCGCCUGGUGGAGGCAUCCGCCCUGCCGGCACGCCUGGUGCAGGCCUCGGGCCCCCCGCCGCGCUUGGUGGAGACCUCGGCCGUGCUGUGCUCUGCCCAGCACUUGGCGGCCGCCCCGCCGUCCAUGGCUCCAGCGACGCUGUCGGGGCCUCAGGGGGAAAUCGCGGGCGGGGAGCUGCCCUGGGACUCCCCUUUGCAGCGCGUCUUGGCUGAGCUGAACCGCAUCCCCAGCAGCCGGCGGCGGGCGGCGCGCCUCUUCGAGUGGCUCCUCGCGCCCAUGCCGCCCGACCAUUUCUACCGGCGCCUAUGGGAGCGCGAGGCUGUGCUGGUGCGGCGGCAGGACCACACCUACUACCAGGGUCUUUUCUCUACCGCCGACCUGGACUCAAUGCUGCGCAACGAGGAGGUGCAGUUUGGGCAGCACCUGGACGCCGCGCGCUACAUCAGUGGGCGGCGCGAGACCCUGAACCCACCCGGCCGCGCCCUGCCCGCCGCCGCGUGGUCCCUGUACAGGGCCGGCUGCUCCCUGCGCCUCCUCUGUCCGCAGGCUUUCUCCACCACCGUGUGGCAGUUUUUGGCUGUGCUCCAGGAGCAGUUUGGAAGCAUGGCAGGCUCCAACGUUUACCUCACGCCCCCUAACUCGCAGGGCUUUGCCCCCCACUACGACGAUAUCGAGGCGUUUGUGCUGCAGCUGGAAGGUAGGAAGCUCUGGCGGGUCUACCGACCGCGGGUUCCGACCGAGGAACUAGCCCUGACAUCCAGCCCCAACUUCAGUCAGGACGACCUAGGAGAGCCGGUGCUACAGACGGUGCUGGAACCUGGAGAUUUGCUCUAUUUUCCCCGAGGCUUCAUUCACCAAGCCGAAUGCCAGGAUGGAGUGCACUCUCUGCACCUGACCUUGUCCACAUACCAGCGCAAUACCUGGGGCGACUUCCUGGAGGCUGUACUGCCUCUGGCAGUGCAGGCUGCAAUGGAGGAAAAUGUGGAGUUUCGUAGGGGACUGCCCCGAGACUUUAUGGAUUACAUGGGGGCCCAGCAUUCGGAGUCUAAGGAUCCGCGAAGAACUGCUUUCAUGGAGAAAGUGCGGGUCUUGGUUGCCCGCUUGGGACACUUUGCCCCUGUCGAUGCUGUGGCUGACCAGAGAGCCAAAGACUUCAUCCACGAUUCUCUGCCCCCUGUGUUGACUGAGAGGGAGAGGGCACUAAGCGUUUAUGGGCUCCCAAUUCGCUGGGAGGCUGGGGAACCUGUAAACGUGGGGGCCCAGCUGACAACAGAAACAGAAGUGCACAUGCUUCAGGAUGGUAUAGCUCGGCUGGUGGGUGAGGGAGGCCAUUUGUUUCUCUGUUAUACAGUGGAAAACUCCCGAGUUUAUCAUCUGGAAGAGCCCAAGUGCUUGGAGAUAUACCCCCAGCAAGCUGAUGCCAUGGAACUCCUGCUCCGCUCCUACCCAGAGUUUGUGAGGGUAGCAGACUUGCCGUGCGACAGUGUGGAGGACCAGCUUUCCUUGGCGACCAUGUUAUAUGACAAGGGGCUGCUGCUCACCAAGAUGCCUCUAACCUGAACUAGUUACUCCUUGAUUGCCAGAAACAAGACAUUAAUGAUUCUCUCCUACCACCACCACUUUUUUUGGGGAAAAAUUCAUUCUUACCUUAAUAACCAUCACUGUGCUUACAUUUACCUUUAUGACUGCUUCAAUGUCACAGAACUCAGACGGUCUUCUAGGAAACAACACCUCAUCUAGGCACAAAAAUAAAAGCAAAAGUUGGAGGUGGAAGAAGGAGCUUUUUCUGAAGUAACCUUGAUUCCUGAUCGUUUGAGAGUACCAACUUCAUCAUCAACCUCAGGCUUCCGUGUACUGUGUGGCAUUUGCUGUGUUACUCUGCUUGAGACAUUAGAAGUUUUUAUUUGGAAUUUGCAUCCUUCAUUUGAGUUAUCUUUCAUCAGUUUGGGGGGAGGGUUGGGUUGGAAGAAACUUCCCCAAAUCUGGCAAGUGAAUAUUCUCAUGGUUGGUGGAAAAGAGCCUGGUGUACCAGAGAGAGCACUGGACUUGGAACCAGAAGACCUGGGUUUGGGGUGGUGGCUGGUGGGCAGCUGGCUGAAUGACCUGAGGCUGCUGCUGCGCCUGGGCACACUGAUUUUGGCACCAGCAGCCAAGCAAGCUGCCUGCCGAACUGCCGUGAAGUCAUCAGAGAAGCAGUUCAGGAAGCUUGGGAGAAGUUUGGCGGUCAUGAGCUUGAGCCCACGAAUCAGGGAGAGGGCUUCCACACGCUCCUGGAAGUUUCCUUGGCCCAGCUUGACUCUGUAAGGCACAGGUGCUUUUAUUUUCCCUCCUUAAACUUUUGGUCCCUCUCCCUACACCCACCCCCAGUGCCCCCAGGAUAAAAUCCAACUUCUGUAGGCUCUCCAUUAUCCAUUCCCACCCUUUCCUACUUAGCCUUAUGCACAUUAAGUUUCACCAGGUAGAGAGACCUCAACUGUUUUAUUUACUUGAAUCCCUAUUACCUAGAGUAUGCUAGGUGCUA